AUGGACGGGCAGGGCGCUCCAUCGCAUCCAGCCGGCGAGCACGUACCCCCUACCCCUGUCCUUAACUUGCGCCAAGAAGGCCCUCCAGGAAGGUCAGAGUGGAGCCUGCCGCCGCUCGCGCCCCUCUCCAGAACGGGGCACCUCGCGGUGGCCGUGUACCUGAGCGUCAUCCUGCUCCUGGGCAGCAUCAACAACGUCCUGGUGGUGCUGAUCUUCGUCAAGUUCCAGGCCAUCCGGACGCCCAUCAACCUGAUCCUCCUCAACAUCAGCCUCAGCGACCUCCUGGUCUGCGUCUUCGGGACCCCAUUCAGCUUCGCCUCCAGCCUGCGCGGCCGUUGGCUCCUGGGCCACGCCGGCUGCAAGUGGUACGGCUUUGCCAACUCCCUCUUCGGCAUUGUCUCCCUCGUGUCUCUUUCCCUCCUUUCCUAUGAAUGGUACCUAACGGUUCUGUGAAGACAGGCCAAGGCAGUCGUCUCUAGUUACACCAAGUCCUGGCUUUGCAUCACUGGCUCCUGGACCUACUCCUUGUUCUGGACCUUGCCACCUCUCUUCGACUGGAGCAGCUACGGCCCCGAAGGGCCUGGGACAACCUGCUCCGUCACAUGGCACGCCAAGACCCCCAACAACAUCUCUUACAUCGUCUGCCUCUUUGUCUUUUGCCUUGUCUUGCCCCUGCUGCUGCUGAUCUAUUGCUACGGGAAAAUCCUGCAGACAAUCAGAAAGGUCUGUAGGUUUCACCUGACAUCUGUUCAGAAAAGAGAACAUCACAUUCUGGUCAUGGUGGUGUCUAUGGUCACCUGCUACCUCCUCUGCUGGAUGCCAUAUGGAAUCAUCUCGCUGAUCGCAACAUUUGGCAAGCCUGGAGCAAUCACCCCGUCAGUGAGCAUUGUCCCGUCCAUUUUAGCCAAAGCUAGCACCAUUGUGAACCCCAUUCUUUACGUCCUCUUGAACAAGCAGUUUUACAAGUGUUUCAUCGCCCUCAUGAAAUGUGAGCCUCCAGCUAAGCACCUGGAAACUACUUUGAACUCCAAAGGGAGCCGGGAUUUCAACCUCACAACUGAGGGAGCAGCCAAAAUCUGUUGGUCCUGCACGCAAAGCGACCAAAGGCGGAGCCACGGGGAUGCUGAAAGCUCUGCACGGAAGCCGAAAACACUUGUUGUUCACUACGGGUUCUAG